ACAAAUAGAACAUAACUUAACUUACAUGUAGCUACGUGACAAUAUAUUUUUUUAAAGUUAUCUGGGGAAUUUUCCGGACAGAAACGUAGCAACAAUAUUCGUUCUACGAAUAGCUCUUUGCAUUUAGUUUCGAAAGUUGUAACGCGCAUAACGCGGUGUCAUUUUGUAUCGUUGCCAAACCCGAAAACAUUAGUAUGACGCGGUUUAGUGGUCCUUUAACCUCUAAUUAAUGUGUUGGUACUAUGUUCUCAUCGAUCCGUUAUACUCUAUCUGCGGCGUUUUAACGAAAAAUUGCACCAGGAACGGAAUAGGUGCGAGUGGUCGCGGAUCGAUGCAAGAAAAAGCAACACCACCUUCACGAAGAUGUCAAUCGCCGGAUCAACCAAAUCCCGCCACUCCGAUAACAGAAAAACCGACCGCCGCAAUCGGACGAAUAGGUUGGGCGUUAAGAACAUUACUUUUAAGUCAAAACACUUGUUUAAGAGAUCGAAAACCGUCAGGAAGAUUGGUUAGAAGAUGUGCCCCAGGAAAUGAACUGGUUGAUUGGCUUUUAGAGCUGUCGAGUUGCGUCCAUACGAGGGUUCAAGCGACGGGAAUGUGGCAAGCUUUGUUAGAAGAAGGCGUUAUAGCCCACGUUUCUAGGGAAAAACCGUUUAAAGAUAAAUGUUUCUUGUACCGUUUUUGGCAAGACGAAGACGGGUCAUCGACUUGUUUACCAACAUUAGAUGACGUGGCAACUGCAGAGGAUCACAUUAGAGAUUCUUUAGCUACUUUAAUCAAUCGGGGCCCAGAUGCAAUGUUAAGAAUGAUUUUGCGAAAACCAAGUCACGAAAGAACAAGUGACGAUUUAGAAACGAUUUACGACGAAUUAUUGCACGUUCGAGCUUUAGCACAUUUAACAAAUUCAGUUAAAAAAGAAUUAGCUGGAGUUAUUAUGUUUGAAAGUCAUCCUAGACCAAGCACAGUUCUUUUCCAUCAAGGCGAUGAAGGAAAAUCGUGGUUUAUUAUCUUAAGAGGUUCAGUCGACGUCGUUAUACACGGAAAAGGAACUGUAACGACUUUACAUGAAGGCGACGAUUUCGGAAAAUUAGCUUUAAUAAACGACGCUCCAAGGGCGGCAACAAUCGUUCUUCGCGAACAUAAUUGUCACUUUUUGCGUGUCGACAAAGAAGAUUUCAAUCGAAUUUUAAGAGACGUCGAAGCAAACACCGUUCGCUUAAAAGAACACGGAAGAGACGUUUUGAUUUUAGAAAAAAUCUCUUCUCAAUCGAAAUUGGCUCAUUUCAAAUAUACUGUAAUGGCUGGAACUCCGCAAAAAAUGUUAGAACAUCUUUUAGAAACACGAUUAGAUGGAAAAUCGGUAAAUUAUACGACGAACGAUUUUAUAUCGACAACGCAAGAUCCAUUUAUGGACGAUUUUUUAUUAACUCACAUCAUUUUUUUGCCGACUCACCGUUUAAUCGAUGAGUUAGAACGUUAUUAUCGGAUGGAGUCUUCGACGCAAGAUCGCGAUUUUAUGUUAUCAUGUAAACGACGUGUCGUCCAAUUCAUUUAUAAGUGGAUAUCGACGAUACGACAUCCGGUUUUCGAAGAUGAAUCGGUUACCGAGUUUUUAGAGGAUCUCGCCAAAGACUUGGAAUCGGAUUUUUUGCAUAAUUCGGCGUUACAAUCGGAAGCGUCUUUAAUGCACCAUGUUAUGACUCAAUUAAAGCGGUAUAAAGAUGAGCGGAAGUUACGAGAGGGGCAGAAAUGGAAACUUCCUACUAAUGGGCAACCAGUUAGUUUAUUUACGGGUUGUGACCCAGGAAAUAAUCGAACUGUUAUUAUGCCGCAAGAUGAUAUAAUUUUUAGGGUGUAUUGUGCAGAUCAUACUUAUUGUACUUUAAGAUUACCAGUUGAUGCAUCUGCUGAGACCAUAAAACUAUUCGCGGCGGAUAAAUUACAAAUGAGGCCGUGCGAAGAACUUUUAUUGGUUGAGGUUAAAUCAACCGGAGAAAGGGUAGUUUUUAAAGAUAACGAUAUCAGUAUUCCAACAGCUAUUAGUAUUAACAGUCGAAUUUUUGUUACACCAAAAGAUCAUUUAGAUGCUUUGACUUGUAUACCAGAACAAGAAGAAGCAACCCAAGGUGUUGAUGGCGACUUGGAACUGUUUAGUACAAAAGAAUUGGCUUAUUAUAUGACUUUAUUCGAUUGGGAUCUUUUUUGGUGCGUUCAUGAAUACGAGUUAUUAUAUCACACGUUUGGAAGGCAUCAUUUUGCGCAAAUAACGGCAAAUCUCGACGUUCUUAUUCGGCGAUUCAACGAAAUCCAAUUUUGGGUUGUCACAGAGUUGUGUUUAACGUCCAAUUUAAAUAAACGUGUUGCUGUUUUAAGAAAAUUUAUCAAAUUAGCUGCAUAUUGUAGAGAAUAUCAAAAUUUAAACGCAUUUUGCGCAAUAGUAAUGGGUUUAAGUAACGUGGCAAUAUCACGUUUAUCAUUAACUUGGGAUAAAUUGCCAUCGAAAUUCCGUAAAAUGUACAGCGAUUUCGAGGCGGUUAUCGACCCAAGUAGAAAUCAUCGCGCUUACCGAGUAAGUGUUGGAAAAUUGCAACCGCCGGUGGUUCCAUUUGUUCCACUCUUAUUAAAAGAUAUGACGUUUACGCACGAAGGCAACAAAACUUCGAUGGAAGGUUUGGUAAAUUUCGAAAAAAUGCACAUGUUAGCACAAACGAUGAGAACGUUGCGGUUUUGCAGAAGUAGACAUCUAGUUUUAGAACCGCCCUCACCAAAAAGUGAAGGUGAAAUAAAAUCGUACAUUUCGUGUUUACGGGUAAUAGACAAUCAAAGAAUCCUCACGAGCUUGUCGCAAAAAUUGGAGCCGAGGAGGUCAUAGUCAAUACCGGUCACUUUUAGGCACAGUUUGGCCGAAACGUUUAAUAAACUAACAGGACCAAGAAAUUAGUAAGAAAAUGAUAUAAACGAAAAUUUAAAAAAGAAGAAAAUCAUUCUAUUGUAGUUUUUAGCAACUACUAUUAAUUAAACAAAUGAGAUUCUUAUGAUACAAUUAUUAUUUUUGUGUAUGAUGAUCAUUAAUC